AUAUUAGAUAACUAGAGUUUAAUUACUGAUUAUAGAAACUUGGUUAUCUUUUAAAACAAGAAAAUGUAUCAACAGUAAAUAAAUAAUACAAAUAUUGAAUGGCUCAUUCAUUAACCUAACUCUAUCAAAGUGUUAAGAAGACUCCAAAUAUUCCAGGUGUACCAGAAUGGAAGAUUAUGAGAAAAAUGGAUUGUUACAUGAGAUGUUUCUACGGCAAGCCCGAGCAACACCGGAAGUCACAGCAGUGGUAGAUGCAAAUGGGAACCGGCUGACUUUUGCAGAACUCGACAGACUGUCAGAAAUAUUAGCGACAAAUCUGUACCACAAAGGUGUGGUGCCAGACAGUUGUGUUGCUAUUUACAUGGACAAGAGUAUAGGAUAUGUGGUGUCAUAUAUUGCUGUACUGCGUGCGGGCGGAGCCUAUCUUCCCCUCGAUAUAUCAUACCCACAACUGUUGCUACAGGAUAUUCUUAAAGAUGCAGAGCCAGUGGCAAUUCUUACAGAGGAAAAGUUAUCUGACAGAGUAAAAGAUGCCAAAAAUGUGAUAACUCUGAAGGAAGACUGGGAAAAAGAAUUGCUGGAAGAAAACAAAGGCAAGGAGACUCCUGUAAUAGAACAAAGCCUAGACAACCUUGCUUACAUUGUAUACUCAUCAGGUACCACUGGAAAACCAAAAGGUAUCAAGUGUCCUCACAGAGGAGCUGUUUUCUCCUACCAUGCUAGACAUGUGUUCUAUCCUUACACAGAAAAUGAAAGAGAGGCUUGCAAUGUGUUCUUUGUCUGGGAAAUUCUUAGACCAUUACUUAAAGGAGUACCCCUAUACGUGAUACCUAGCAGUGUGAUAUAUGAUCCUCCAUUACUCUGUGAGUUUCUCCACACUAACAAGAUUACCAGAAUGCUGUUUACACCCUCUCUGCUGGAAGCUGUGCUAAAUACGCCUGACCUCAACGUUUUGGAACAAUUUCAGACCAUGAAAACUAUAAUAUUUUGUGGAGAAGUUGUGUGUACAAGCUUGUUUGAAAAAUGUUUAAAACUGUUGCCAUGGAUACAGUUCCUCAACCUGUACAGUGUAUCAGAAUGUCAUGAUGUUGCCUGUGAAAAUUUAAAUGAAUAUUUUAAGAAUAAUAAGGAUGCAUUGCUAAGUAGGAAGUUUUGUCCAGUUGGCAAAGUAUUCCCUGGAGUAAAGAUAGUCAUCACUGACUCGGAUUUGAAACCUCAGCCAGUUGGUAGUUCAGGGGAGAUAUAUGUUGGUGGCCCAACCCUUGCACAUGGCUACCUGAACAGACCUGAAAUCCAAGCAAAAAGAUUUAUACCUAGACCUGAACUGGUGCCUGCUGAAUGUGGAGAUGUCUUGUACCGCAGUGGUGACUGGGGUUACAUGCUGUCAGAUGGAAGUCUGGAGAUCUGUGGUAGAUGUGAUACUAUGGUUAAAGUUAGAGGAUAUUCUAUAGAAAUACAGGCAGUUGAGGUAGCUCUGAUGGAGUUGGAGAUGGUACAUAGCUGUGUUGUCCUAGUAAAAGGGGAGGAGGGGGAAGAUAAGUUCCUGGUCACAUAUAUUGUUCCAAUCAAAGAAACCACAAAGAAGGAAGUGAGGGAAGCCUUGAAGAAACGUCUUCCAUUCUACAUGAUUCCUUCUUACUUUGUAUUUAUUUCAAAAAUUCCUGUAGUUCCUGCCACUGGUAAGCUGGACAAAGCAGCAUUACCUCCCUUUGAUACUCAGAAAGAUGAUGAUGUUAUAAAUGAGGGGAAACCAGUCACACCAACAGAGGUUGCUGUGGCAACAGUCUGGUGUAAAGUUUUACAGAUGAAGGAACCAGACAUUCAUGAAAGUUUCUUUGACCUUGGAGGGCACUCUCUGUUAGCUACAGAACUUAUAAACCGACUGAAUACUCAGUUUGGAGCAAAGCUAAGUGUACAGGAACUAUUUUCUUAUCCUACUGUAUCAGCACUCAGUCAGUUGAUAGAUUCCAAACUGAACAAGGAUGUAGAUAAACCAAAUGAGAAAAGAGUCAGUGAUGUAGAUCUUGUAACAGAAGUCAACAAAUAUGACUAUGUUGUUGUGAAUAUAGACAUGCAGUUGAGAGCAUUUUGGAGAACUUUUGCAUUUUACAAUGAGAAAAGGUUUGCAAAUGGACGUAUUCUGUUGACAGGUGCGACUGGCUUUCUUGGUGCUUUUAUAUUGAGAGAGUUACUCUUGCAGACAAAGGUUUUUGUGUUUUGCCUGAGUCGACAAUUACCAGAUGCCACUCCAAUAGAAAGGCUCACUGCAGCUCUGAGAAAGUUUGGAAUUCUCGCCAAGGACGGAGAAACUCCCAGUGAUGAACAGAAGACAUUGCAACAACAUUUCAACAAAAGGGUUGCAAUAUUGAAAGGUGAUGUUGCACUGAUCAAUAUGGGACUGUCUGAUGAAGAUUACACAUAUGCAUGUUCUGAUAUUGACAUAGUGAUACACGCAGCAGCCAGUGUUAAUUUGGUCUAUCCUUAUAAUGCACUAGCAGGACCAAAUGUAAAUGGUACAGCAUAUGUGAUCAAGUUUGCCUGCACUGGAAAGAUCAAACCUAUACAUUAUAUAAGCACCGAUGCAGUAUUUCCGGCUGGCUUAAAGGACUGCUCAGAGACCGAUGAUGCUACUUCCUAUCAUUCACAGUUGCAUGAUGGGUACUCACAGACAAAAUGGGUGGCAGAACAAAUUAUCAGGAGAGCUGGUCAAAGGGGAAUUCCUGUCACUAUAUAUAGACUAGGUAACAUGUCAGGAGACAGUAAGUCUGCCUAUUGGAACCCACAGGAUUUCACCCUGAUUCUACUGCAGGCUUGUACCCAGCUUGGCCAGGCACCAGAUGUAGACUGGCACAUGGAGAUGACACCUGUGGACUUUGCUGCCAACUUCAUUGUCAGAAUGAUCAGAAAAUCUUCACAAGCAAUGGGAAAAACUUUCCAUAUCAUCAAUGACAAGCCCUUACAGUCACGGUGGGUAUUUGAGUGGAUGAAUGCACAUGGUUAUCCUCUACAUAUUGUUAACUUUGAAGAAUGGAGAAAAAGUGUACUUAACCUGAAUGGUAAUGGCAGUGGUUUCUUGCACCGGCUUAUGGAAUCUUAUAUCACAAGUUCAGAGUUCUUCACAAGUCUUAGCACAUACAAGGCAGACAACCUGCAUACAGUAUUAUCACAGCUUGGCAUAGAGUAUCCCUACACUGACUCAGACCUUCUCAGCACAUACUUCACAAAACUGUCUCAUAGAGGAGUUAUCACAGCUAGAAAGUACAAAUUCUCUGGAGGCAAAUCUCUGCAAGACAAAGUUGCUAUAGUAACUGGGGCCUCUAGUGGAAUUGGAAAGGCCAUUGCAGUGGCACUAGCUGGAGCAGGUGCUAAAGUUGCCAUGGCAGCAAGGAGGGUGGACAGAUUACAAGAAGUGGAAUCUGUGAUUGCAAACAGUGGGGGUGUUUCCAUAUCUGUGAAAACUGAUGUAACUAACAGAACAGAGGUGAAAGAGCUAGUGAAGCAUACAGAAAUGACACUAGGUCCUAUAGAUAUAUUGGUGAACAAUGCAGGGACCAUGUACUAUACCAUGAUGAAAAAUUUGCAUGAAGAUGAGUGGGAGAGACAAAUUGAUGUCAAUGUUAAGGGUGUGACUAACUGUAUUGGGGCAGUGUUGGAUGGAAUGUUGAAAAGGAGUAAAGGUCAUAUUGUCAACAUGUCCUCAGAUGCAGGCAGAAGGGGAUUCUCAGGUCUGGCAGUAUAUUCGGGAACCAAGUUCUAUAUUGAGGGUUUGUCACAAGGUAUGAGACAGGAGCUAGCUGGGUCAGGGAUCCGAGUUACCUGUAUACAACCUGGGGAUGUUAAAACUGAACUUCUUCAGCAUACCACCGAUGCAGAGGCAAAAGAAAAGUUUGAUGGUAGCGGAAGCUGUAAGAUACUGGAACCCACGGACAUUGCCAACGCUGUCGUAUACGCAACAUCUCAACCAGAAUAUGUCGGUGUGAACGAAAUACUCAUUGAACCUAGAGAAUCACCUAUAUGAAUAAAUGCAUAAACUUUGUGUCAUUUUCUAACUGGAUAAUGAAAUUCCAAGAUGAUCUGCAAGAAUUUUCUCUAGCCGGUCAUUUAAAUGUUACACCAAUCUGUGAUAUAUUUGCACCUGCAGUUUCGACUCAUACAAAAUGUGAGACAGACAUUGUAAAAUGAUAGAGAUCUUUUUGUGAAAAAUUCUUGUGAUGUUGACAGUAUGUUUUGUACAAAUGUUAAUGUUAUACAUACGAAGCAGGCAUUUCCGAGUGUUGAAUUACGGUAUUCACAGAUUUUCAUGGGAAUAUGGUUAUUGUACUUCAGAAGGAAAAUAAAAUUCUUAGGAAGUGUAAAACAUUUUAUUUCAAAAUGAUGUACUUUUUCUAGUCUGUUUCCUUUCGAUUUAAUUAGUCUGUCAUCUGACGUUUUACUAGAACAAAGUAUACAUCAAAAGUUGGUUGCAUUUUAUUUUCUAUUCUAUUUUUUGCAAUAAUUUCAAAGAUACUUUUCUCAAAUACUGAAAGGUAUUAAGAUUAAAAAAAUCUGUGUAAGCCGUUAUCCUUCUCAGAUCAUUGCCAGCGUGUUCAAGUUCAGAAUGAAAAAAGUAAUAAAUCAUGCGAUUGUG